AUAAUUUUGUAGGAAUUUUUUUGAAUAAAAAAAAGAUGUAACAAAAUUAUUUUAAGAAUGACAUUUUUCUUUUUAGAAAAAAAAUGGUCAUGAAGUUAUGUUUCAAGACAAAAAAAAAGUGACCUUCAAAAAACGUUUUUAUUUUCAAGAACAUUUUCAAGAGUUUUUUUUUUUUUUAAUUGCUUGAAGUCAUGUGUCAAGAUUAAAGGUAAAUCUUGCAUAGCCGUCCAGCGAAGUCCAAAAACAGAAGUCAUGCCAAACGGGGAAGAAUACAAUUCUGUCAUGGCCGCAUAUUUGGUAACAAAGUGCCUGUGUUUGUCAAGUGCUUAUUUUUUGUCAGUGUAUGUAUUUGGAAUGACAGAGAGGGAUAAUCUGUUUUAUUGCUCAGGUCUGAGGAUGGCUGCAUUGUAGUGUGCAUGAUGCUUUAUACUUUUUCUUCAAUUUUACUUAUUUUUUUAUUUUAUUUUUUUACCUUGCGCUUGCUUUUUUUGUAUUUAAAUCUUUUUAAUCACGUAUAGCACAUUCAGUUACCUUGAGUAUGAAAUGUGCUACAUUAAUAAGUGUUCUUUCCUUUAGCGUUUUUAAAAAACUAAAGAGUAAAGCGCCCAGCAAUCGAAUUUAAACUUAUUUUAAUUUUACAUACUUUACCUUUUCAAAAAGCUGCUGUUUUGUUUUUUUAUCAUUGCAGGCUGUGUUUUCUUUACUCUGUUGCCCAGAUAAAGUGAAAAUGAGGAGGGCUGCAAUUACAGGAGCCAUCAAAACUAAGCUACGGGCCAAGCAGAAAGCCAAUAAAACCCCCAAAGAUGAAUCCCCCCCGACGGCCUCGGCGUCCACGUCCGCCGCCGCCCCCCCACAUCUGAGCGAGGCCGAGCGGACGCGUCUGACGUCUUUCGAGAGGGUGGUCUACGACAUGGCGCACAGCGAGAGGAUCGCCAACGACCUCAUCCUCGGUCGCAGGGUCGGAUUUUACGAGCUGCGAGGCGAGAUCGGGCAGGGCAACUUCUCAUCGGUCAGACUGGGCAUCCACGCUUUGACCAAAGAGAGGGUGGCCGUCAAGAUCAUGGAAAAGCAGCGUAAGGCAGAAAAGGCCGCCCGCGCCUGCAGCUCCUCGGAGAUCCGUUGCAUGGAAAAGCUGUGCCACCCGAACGUGGUGCGUCUCUACGAGGUGAUGGAGACGAACAGGAAGCUGUUCCUGGUGAUGGAAUACGGCAGCGGCGGCGACCUGUUCUCUCGCGUCACCACCAGGGGGAAGCUCAACGACCUGGAGGCCAAGAUGAUCUUUGCGCAAGUCGUCUCUGCUGUGAAACACAUGCACGAGAACAACAUCGUCCACCGGGACCUCAAGGCCGAGAACAUCUUCUACACCACCAGCUACUGCAUCAAGGUGGGCGACUUCGGCUUCAGCAGCGAGAGGACACCCGACGAGCCGCUCACCAAUUUCUGCGGGUCCCCGCCGUACGCCGCGCCUGAGCUCUUUCGGGAAAAGGGCUACGUGGGCCGCUAUUCGGAUAUCUGGGCUUUGGGUGUGGUUUUGUACUUCAUGGUGACCGCCGCGUUGCCUUUCUACGGGGACAGUUUGCGCAGGUUGAAGCGCUGCAUCCUCCAAGGUGCCUACAGCAUCCCCGUCUACGUGCCCGACGAAUGCCAGCUCGUCAUCAAGGGCUUGUUGCGGCCCGUGCCGGUUGACCGCUCGUCUCUCAGCCAAGUUUCAGGCAGCGCUUGGCUGAGGGGGAUGCGGUACCCGGGUCCGUAUUCGCCCCUGCCCUUGACCCCGGCCCGCUUGGCCCAGGCCGCCAACGCUCUGUGCGAUGAGGAGAAAGAGGUGAAGACUCUUCUGUCAGAUCUGGGCAUCAUACCCGUUCACUUGCAAAACAAUCCCUGUUUGGACUCCAAGAGCCCUCUGACCGGGACCUACCGCAUCCUCCUCCACAGGGUCCAGAAACGCAGGUCCGUGGAGGCCGUCGACUACGUGGGGGUUCGCCCCGAUGACUACGACGGUCACGCCAAGUGGUGUGUCACAUCUGUGGACAAGCACAACCCAUCUGCAGUGUGCGUUGUACUCUAACAUCGUGGACCUUUGACGAAACCAGUGCCCGCCCAAAUUGUGAGUUUUUAUCCAUCCAACUAUCCAUUUUCUUUGCCGCGUAUCUUCACGAGGGUCGCGGGGAGUGCCGGAGCCUAUCCCGGCUGUCAACGAGCAGGAGGCGGGGUGCACCCUGAACUCAUUGCCAGCCCAAUCGCAGGGCACAUCGAGACAAACAGCCGCACUCACAAUCACGCAUCGGGGCGGGAGAACAUGCAAACUCCACACAGGCGGGGCCGGGAUCGAACCCGGGUCCUCAGAACUGUCAAGCCAACGCUUUACCAGCUGAUCCACGGUGCCGCAACUCAGUUUUUAUGAGUUUUUUUUUUUUUUUUUUUUUUUUAAGGCUGCUUUGUUGCCAAAUUUCUUUUUUCUCACGAUGGGUUCUGGGGAAGAGAGUGGUAAGAAUGAAAGCAGACGUUGUCUUUUGAAUGAAAGCUUGAUUAAAUAACAUGAGCAAAGUGUGCGUGUAGUCCAUCUGUCCAUCCAUUUUCUUUGCCGCUUAUCCUCACAAGGGUCACAGGGUUGUAUGUGUAGUCCAUUUGGUAAAUCAGUACAAGUGUAGUACUUCUACAAUAUGUACCGGGGUGUAAAAUUGAUUUUUGGAGCUUUUAUUUUCUUCAGAGGUCCGUUAUGACUAAAAUCAGAGGAACAUAUAAUCCAUCCAUCCAUUUUCUGAGCCGCUUAUCCUCACGAGGUUCACGAGAGUGCUGGAGUGCCUCCUGCUCGCUAUCCCAGUGGGCAGGGGGCAGGGUACACCCUGAACUGGUUGCCAGCCAAUUACAGAGCACAUGGCGACAAACACCUACACUCACAAUCACACCUAGGGGCAAUUUAGAGUGUCCAAUUAAUGUUGCAUGUUAUUUUUGGAAUGUGGGAGGAAACCGGAGUGCCCGGAGAAAACCCACACAGGCACGGGGAGAACAUGCAAACUCCACACAAGCAGGGCCGGGAUUGAACCCAGGACCUCAGAACUGUGAGGCCAAUGAUUUACCAGCUGAUCCAGCGUGCUGCCGAAACAUAUAAUCACUUUCACUUUUUAGAUCAGUAGUUAAAGAAAAUAAUUUACUUUCAAAAGGGGGUCAGUAACAGCAAAAAAAUGUUCGUAAUAUCGCAACAUCAUAUAAGACCAUUUACAACUUUGGUGUUUUUUUAUUGGCUACAUUCUAUUUUACUAUGUUAAUACUGUAUAACUAUUGUAUUACUAUGUUAUUACUGUAAAAUACCUUGCUAUUUUUCAACACCAAAAAAAAAAAAAAAGAAAGAAAUAAUACUAUAUUGUUGGGUAAUUUUAGGUGGCUGCAAUGGAAUAUCGGCAUUUCCAUUUUAUUUCAAUCGGGAAAUUUAAUUUGAGUUUCGGCCAAGGUCACCAAACGGGUUAAACCCAUCCGCCAAGCUACCACGAACCUCUUUCUUUAUUGUUUUUGUUUUUGCACGUUACAGAGGCAUAGCGGCGGAUGAGCAUGAGGCUUGUGAGAGUUCUUUAUCGCAAACAUUUUUCCCAAGUAAUGAGCUGUGACCCGCUGUGCCGCCAUGACUCACUAUUCAGCUGACUAAUGUGAAGCAAUCAUGAAUAA